AACAUGAACAUGCAUAUGCAUAGAUGUAGACACAGUUAUCUAUCUAUUUACUAUAUAGAAGUGAGUCUGCAGACAAAAGGAAAGAGACUGAGUAUAGAAAUGGUGGAUGAGCAAGAAAAGCUACUGCCUAUAGCCAACGUGGGUAGAAUAAUGAAGCAAAUUCUGCCACUAAAUGCCAAGAUCUCCAAAGAAGCCAAAGAAACAAUGCAAGAAAGUGCAACUGAGUUUAUAAGUUUUGUAACAAGUGAGGCAUCUGGCAAGUGUCACAAGGAGAAUCGCAGGACAGUGAAUGGAGAUGACAUCUGUUGGGCUCUCAGUGCUCUAGGGUUUGAUAACUAUGCUGAGGCUUUAGCAAGGUACUUACAUAAAUAUAGGGAAGCUGAAAGAGUAAAAGCCAACCAAAGCAAGAGAGUCACUAGCAACCAAGACAAGGAUGAAGAUUCAAACCAUAAAAGGGAUCAGACUGUGAUGUGCGGGCAGCAAAUUGAAACUUUAACUCCACCGGAGUCCAGGGCUCUAGAGAAAGGUAAAUCCCCUCUUACAAAGCCAUCUUGAACAACACUUUUCUGUUUAAGGUGAAGAAGAUGAUGAAAAUGAUUAUCUUUGUAAUCAGUCUGCAAAAUUGUCCAUUCUCUAGGUUUGAAUAGAAGCAAGCAGAAGCAAAGCUGCUAUUAGCAACAUAGUUAACUUGUAUAUCUCUCUCAAGUUAUAGUUAUGGCUCUCUUUGCAUUAAUUUGCUUCCUCUAUUCCCUUGUACUUGGAAAAGAGCAACUUGGUUGAAUUUGUGAGCUGAUAUUACCUAGCUAUCUUGGGAUGAAGAUCAAUUGAGUCUAAACUUAUAAUUUUACUACUUUAUAUUUUGGUUCUACAUAUGUUCUAAAGGAAACUGCUGCAUUUGGUUUCUCCAGAAAGAUCAAACAUGUCCAAGUGUACGGGCACGCACACACGCACAUGUGUCUUAGUCAGAAGUUCCUGAUAAAAAAAGCACUUGAUGUUCAAUUAUCCAAUCACUGCAUGUUUGAUUAUGACUGAGACCUUGUGUCCAACAGUUUCCUGUACAUAAAAAUACUUCUCCUUUCUAACUCUCUGUUUUUCUGGGUAAACUAAAAAAAGUAAUAAAUUAGGACUGUUCAUCUUUAGAAAGUUUUAAUUCAAGUAAUUGAACUUUUCCUACCAUAGCAAUUUUUCUCAAAGAGGGAAACAAACAAGGAGGAACUAAAUAUCACAAUUCAUCAUCAAACAAG